AGAAAGGUUGGCUAGAGAUUUCGUGUAAAAACACUAGUCCCGCUCAGUUGAUAAUGAGAAUAUUGCAAUUUUUUUUGAUUCCAUGGAUGUUUAUCAUUAUCCACAUUAAGGAGGAGCCGUAUGAGAUGACAAUCUCACGUACGGUUCUGGAACGGAGAUUCUUUGAACCGAGUGACGACCGUAACGGAUGUCGGCUCAAUCGGAAGGAAAUUAUGCGGAAGCUUUAUAGAAUUAUUAUGAGGCUAUGCGACUGGAAAUUGAUCCCUAUGAUCGAAGUUAUAUACUUUAUAACAUAGGCCUUAUCCACACAAGUAACGGAGAACAUACAAAAGCUUUGGAAUACUAUUUUCGGGCACUCGAACGAAACCCUUUCUUACCUCAAGCUUUUAACAAUAUGGCCGUGACCUGUCAUUACGUGCGGCUAUCUCCACUAUAGAAAGAAAAAAGAAAAGAACCUCCACUAAUAGUAAUAAAUACUAGACAAAAAAAAUAGAAAUAGGCUUUCUACAUAGAUAUCGUUCGAAACAACGAUUUUUAUGAGCUGUAUGAAAGAAACUUCAUAGAAGUAAAAAUAUGAAGAAAUAGAAUAUAUAUGCCUAGAUACUUUUUUCUAUGGAUAAAAGAUCUAAUUGAUAGAGGAAGCACCGUAAAGAUCAAUUAACAAGGUUUUUGGCCUAUACAACAAGAACUGCUUACUUAUAUGAUGAUAGAUUAGAAAUCAACUUAUGUAAUAAAGUUGAUCCCCUAAGGUUUUGAGCAGCGGUGUAGUAUCAGAUCCCAAAGAUAGUAAGUCUUUUCUUAUGAAGAAAAGUCUUUCUCAAAGAUUCUAUAGAAAUAGAUAUAUUAUAUAUGAAAUCGAGAUAGUUACCUUUCAGAAAAUGAGAAUAAGAGCGUUAGUGUUAAUAUCGAUGCUUUAUUCUUCAGAAGGUAGGAGAAAAGAUAAAACUAAAAACAAACGAUUAAAUUGAAUUAUUAAUCCAAAGACAAGUUUGAAACUCAUGUAAUUAACCUCUUUUCUUGUUAUUAACUCCAUGGAAGAUCAAAAGAAUUGACUAUUGAGCCGUAUGAGUCAGGAAACUCUCAAGUACGGUUCUAUGGGAAGGAUUUUACUCACCUAUUCCGACCGCGGAGAACAGGCCAUUCGACAGGGAGAUUCUGAAAUUGCAGAAUCUUGGUUUGAUCAAGCUGCUGAAUAUUGGAAACAAGCUAUAGCCCUUACCCCUGGUAAUUAUAUUGAGGCACAAAAUUGGUUGAAGAUCACAGGGCGUUUUGAAUAAGAACAAUCUUUUUAAUAUUUUUUUUUUCAAUUUUAUCACAUUCAUUUCUGUCGAAUUCUAUGUGAAGUGAAAGAGUUUUAUCAAGAUUCUUUUUUUUAUUUCCGAUAUAUUUGUUAAUGAAUCAAAAUUUAUAAGGAGUUGGUCAAUGAUGCUCGAACAUGUACUUGUUUUGAGUGCCUAUUUAUUUUCUAUUGGUAUCUAUGGAUUGAUCACGAGCCGAAAUAUGGUUAGAGCCCUUAUGUGUCUUGAACUUAUACUGAAUGCAGUUAAUAUAAAUCUAGUAACUUUUUCUGAUUUUUUUGAUAAUCGCCAAUUAAAAGGAAAUAUUUUUUCAAUUUUUGUUAUAGCUAUUGCAGCCGCUGAAGCGGCUAUCGGAGUGGCUAUUGUUUCUUCAAUUGCUCGUAACAGAAAAUCAACCCGUAUCAAUCAAUCGAAUUUGUUGAAUAAAUAGAAUUAAUCCUAUCAUAAUGAAUAAUAAAGUCGAAUUUCACAUAGUGAAAUAUUAAUCAAUUCAUUUGAGUAUUUAUUCGACACAACUUAUGAUCAUAUCAUGUUUGGAUUGCCUAAAUCAUAAGAAAUCAAAGUAUCCUGGUCCUCUUCUAUUCCCUCUUCUAAAUUUAUCUAGACACCUUUUUUUAUUAACAGUUAACAAUAUUAUCACAAAUCAUUGAUUCAUCUGGUAUAUAAAUAUACGAUUCAUUUACGAGUUUACUAGAUCAAUAAUUUUCAUUUUUGAAAGUCAACAAUUACUAUAGAUAUAAUGUCACAUUUAGUAAAGAUUUAUGAUACAGGUAUAGGAUGUACUCAAUGUGUCCGAGCCUGUCCCACAGAUGUAUUAGAAAUGAUACCUUGGGGUGGAUGUAAAGCUAAGCAAAUAGCUUCUGCCCCAAGAACAGAGGACUGUGUUGGUUGUAAGAGGUGUGAGUCCGCUUGUCCGACGGAUUUCUUAAGUGUUCGAGUUUAUUUAUGGCAUGAAACAACUCGAAGUAUGGGUCUAGCUUAUUGAUUCGUUUCAAACAACACCACACAAAUACGUUUUUUACUGGCAAAAAUUCGUGCUCAAAAUAAAAUAGAAUUUUUUUUUCUAUUUUGAGCACGGGCUUUUCUGGCCCAAGUGUAUCUUAUUUUUAUCACGAAUUAUUUUCCUUGGUUAACAAUCGUUGUUGUUUUGCCAAUAGCCGCAGGUUCCUUAAUUUUCUUAUUUCCUCAUAGGGGAAAUAAGGUAAUUAGGUGGUAUAGCAUUUGUAUAUGCUUAAUCGAUCUCCUUCUAACAACCUAUGCAUUUUCUUAUCAUUUCCAAUUGGAUGAUCCACUAAUUCAACUGAUGGAGAAUUAUAAAUGGAUCCAUUUUUUUGAUUUUGACUGGAGAUUAGGAAUAAAUGGACUCUCUAUAGGACCCAUUUUACUAACAGGAUUUAUAACUACUUUAGCCACUUUAGCGGCUCAGCCGGUUACUCGAGAAUACCAAUUAUUCUAUUUUCUGAUGUUAGCAAUGUAUAGCGGUCAAAUAGGACAAUUUUCUUCUCAAGACAUUUUACUUUUUUUCAUCAUGUGGGAAUUGGAAUUAAUCCCCGUUUAUCUACUUUUAUCCAUCUGGGGGGGAAAGAAACGUUUCUACUCUGCUACUAAGUUUAUUUUGUACACUGCAGGAGCUUCUGUUUUUUUAUUAAUGGGAAUUCUGGGUAUCGGUUUAUAUGGCUCUAAUAAACCAACAUUUAAUUUUGAAACAUUAAUUAAUCGAUCGUAUCCCGUGGCACUAGAAAUAAUAUUCUAUACGGCAUUUCUUAUUUCUUUUGCUGUCAAAUCGCCAAUUAUACCCUUACAUACAUGGUUACCAGAUACCCACGGAGAGGCACAUUACAUCACUUGUAUGCUUUUAGCCGGCAUACUAUUAAAACUGGGAGCAUAUGGGUUGGUUCGAAUUAAUAUGGAAUUGGUUUCCCACGCUCAUUCCAUAUUUUGCCCCUGGUUAAUGAUAUUAGGUUCUAUUCAAAUAAUCUAUGCUGCUUCAACAUCUUUUGGUCAACGUAAUCUAAAAAAAAGAAUAGCUUAUUCUUCGGUAUCUCAUAUGGGUUUUCUAAUUAUAGGAAUUGGUUCCAUAAGUGAUACUGGUCUCAACGGGGCCAUUUUACAAAUCAUAUCUCAUGAAUUUAUUGGCGCUGCACUUUUUUUCUUGGCAGGAACUAGUUAUGAUAGAGUGCAUCUUCUUUAUCUUGACGAAAUGGGCGGAAUGGCUAUCCCAAUGCCAAAAAUAUUCACAAUUUUUACUAUCUUAUCAAUGGCUUCUCUUGCAUUGCCUGGCAUGAGCGAUUUUGUUGCAGAAUUGAUAGUUUUUUUUGGAAUAAUUACAUUUGGAAAUACAUCUUUUCAUUCUGGACAUAAAUUCAUAAAUAAGUUUUUCAAAAUGGACACGAAUUUAUCUUCAGCAACGGGUUUUCUUGUUUCUGAAGACCCAUUUGGUUCUAAUGACAUGGAAACUCUUUGGAAACAAGAUCCCAAACGUCAUUUCUGGUGA